AUGGCGGCAGGAGCAUCCUUAGCACUUACUUGCGCCUUAAUUAGUAUCUUCGGCUUCAAGAUAAACAAUAUGAGUUAUACUGCCGCCGCAGCUAUGCAUCCAAGCUCCGCCGACAUGAUCAUAUCCGGAAAACCGACGGCCGCCGUAUCAUCGUCUUCUGGGAUGAAUCCUUUGCCGGCUAAGUACGCAUUGCGUUCUCUCUUUGAAGUGAGCUCAAUGCUUGCUUCUGCUAAACCUAUUCCUUCUCAAAGACCAUUCAAUCUUCAUAAGCUCCCUUCUUUGCCUUCAAAGGAAGAUAUUGAUUCCAUCAAGAUGGAGGCGGUAAGGAAGAUGAAGGAAGGAAAAUGUGAGGAGGCGGUGCAGCUCCUUCGCGACGCAAACAUGCGAUUCAUAAACGAGCCUGAGGCCGACUUCAAUGUCCAGAUGGCUCUUGUUGAGAUUUUAAUAUUGCUGGAAAGGUAUCAAGAAGCUGCUGAGUAUAGUUGUCUAAAUGCUGAGAAUGCCCAGAUUUCUGAUGUUCGGAUCCCUCUUUAUAAGGCAAUUAUAUACACGAUGCUAGACAAAGAUAUGGAAGCCAAGCAGUAUUGGAAAGAGUUUAGAAAAUCAAUUGGUGAAGGAUUUGACCCUUUCAGUUUCGAAGAGUGA